ACGAGUGCAGAUUGCUGUCAUCCGGUUCAUCCAGGGUGUGCUGAUCUGCAACGGCUUUCUGGCAGCGCUGACCUUUGUAGCCGGUUUCAUUGGCAAGUUUGUGCAGAAUGAAGGCAAACAAUCAGAGCACCUUCAGACCAUGGACGUCCUUCAGGAUAUCUCGCGCGGACUGCGAGGGCCAUUCGCCCUCGUGACCAUUAUAACGUGCAAGCAUCAUUUCCCUAAGCUCCACGCUGCAAGGAACCUUGUGCAGAAGAGACGUGAUACAGAUUUUACCAAUCUCGGCUUUUCCCUCUUGUUGGCGUCUCUGGGAAGCUUUGUUUUUUGGGACUUCAGUGAAUGGAUUAAAGAGGGUGACUUCUCCAUCGACAAUAUUACCGCCCAGUUCUCUAACUACAGUUCCACGUUUUCAAAGCUAGGAAUCACUUUAAUUCGCUGGAAGUUCUAUGUUGGAUGGUGCUGUAUUGGUCUGUUGCCGGGUGCUUAUUCGUUUUUGAUACAAACGCUAUUUUAUCUGCAUUGUCGUGAGCUGGAGAAAGGCGUUGAUGAAUACUACCAACAACUACAGGAACUUGCGAAUAUGUUGUGUCACAACAAAACUGUGCCUGGGCUGACACAGAAGAUUGAUGAGUUGUUGUCGAUGCGGAACCGGUUGUACGCUUUGACCGAAUGUAUCAACGAUGCUUUUCAGGGAACGGCUGGCGCACUGUUCUGCACCGAUGUGGCCGUUAUGCUGUUCAGUGCAGCACUGGUGCAAGUGCUAUCGUCAAACCCCAGUUACUGGCAGUUGACCGGUGUAGUACUGUAUGGAUUCUAUCUGAUUGCGUUUCAUUAUCCGUUAAUAAGCAUUUCGUUCAAGGUGCGAGAAUACGAAAAGGUCACUUGCUAUCUCUUGGAAAGAGGAAUUCAGAACAACAAUUUUUCCACGGCAGUCGAAGUAAAGAUGCAUCUGGAUGCUCUCAUACUGCACGAAAGCCAGUUAAAGUUCGACAUCUACGCUGGUGGAAUUUUCCCACUUAAUGGCGGCGCUAUUCUGAAGGCGUUCACCUUAAUUGCGACAAUCAGCAUUGCUGCCAAUGAGAUCACCAGUAAAGCCGACUCAUCCCCACAGAAUCUGUUACCUAACUGCGGCACUGCAUGAUCCUGACGUUCCCAACAAAUAUUAAUAACUUUUCUUUGUUUGAUGGUGCUGGCAGAGUUCUCUACCGGGAAUCAGAGUAGCACGAAAAAUAGUGCUUCAAAUAAUCCAACACUACGAGUGCAUACAUUGUGUAACCAAGGUUGGGGAACUGUUUUA